AGUUCAGUUGGAGAAAUAUUUCGUUCAAAUACAUCAACUAGAUGAAGAUCCACCGAUUUUAAUACAUUUUUCAUUUCUGUUGAAUAUCCUUGUUAAUUUGUUCCCGUCUUGAAGAAUGACCCAUAAACAACGCCUACAUAUUUUUGGAUCUAUUUUCGGAAUAAAACUACUAACUAUUGACACGGAUUCCCAUGAGAAGACAGUGUGCUGAAUCUGCAUAGAAUUACUUCUGUACGCACUUAGAAUGAUCGAGUUUUAUUCAUGAAUCCUACGUGCUCUCACCAUCCCGUGGAAUUAAUGUUCCUAUACACAAAACUGGACCACUCCGUAUAGAUAUUAGUGCAAAUCAUCGAACAUUGAAUGGAACUGAUUACUUCUCAAAGUAUCGAGAGAGAUAACAUAAGUGGUGCCAUGCCUUCACACUGAUAUAGAUUUUUAUCUGAAGAAAUCGAAGUGAUAUAAUAUAUUUUUUCAUUCAGUUUAUCGUUCAUUUGGUGGUUAGUACAACUGAUUGAAUUAGGAGAAUGAAGUCGUUUGCUGGUAUUUUUGUGUUGGUGAUCAGUUUGCAUUUAGCAGAACCAUCAUUUCCUAAUUUUUAUCCUAAAAUCAACUCGAAAGAGGUAACUGGAGAUGUUGGUGAACCACUGUUUCUCACUCCAUUCAUAGAACAGAAUCGUAUAGCAGAAGGUCAGAGAGCAGCAGAAAUCACCCUAGGAGAUUUCAAGAAUGUUUCGAGUUACUCUGGAUAUCUCACUGUUGAUAAAAUGUACAACUCGAACCUAUUCUUUUGGUACUUUCCAGCAGAAAUAAACUUCCAGGAUGCGCCAGUAGUUCUGUGGUUGCAAGGAGGACCUGGAGCAACAUCUCUCUUCGCGUUGUUCUCUGAAAAUGGACCUUUCAUACUCAAGAGUCCUACUGAAAUUGAAAUCAGAGAAUAUAGAUGGUCACGCGAUCAUUCUCUAAUUUUUAUCGACAAUCCUGCAGGCACUGGAUUCAGUUUCACAGAAGGCGGAUAUGCUCAGAAUGAGACAAAAGUUGGAGAAGACUUGUAUGAAGCGCUUACGCAGUUCUUCAAGCUGUUUCCCGAAUUACAAAAAAAUGAUUUUUUCGUGACUGGAGAAUCAUACGCAGGGAAAUACGUUCCAGCUAUCUCAUACACGAUUCUUCAAAAAAAUCGUCAUGCAGACUUGAAAAUCAACCUCCAAGGAUUGGCCAUAGGAAAUGGACUCAGUGACCCAGAAAACCAACUGAAAUAUGCUGAAUAUUUGUACCAAAUUGGCUUAGUAGAUCUGAAUACCAGAGAAGUUAUCAGAGAGAUGGAAGAUCAAGCAAAAGAAUACAUACGGACCAACCAGUUCUUCAAGGCAUUUGAAAUAUUCGAUAUUCUACUAAAUGGUGAUCUAACUAAUGAAACAACAAUUUUCAAGAAUGCUACAGGAUUCGAUAACUAUUUCAACUACUUACAUGCAGAGAGCACUGACUCCUAUUUAGAAGAGUUUUUGCAGAGGGUGGAUGUACGAAGAGCUCUACAUGUAGGAAAUCAAACUUUCCACAGUGGGGAAGACGUAGAAAAACAUCUUGUGGAAGACGUCAUGAAAUCUGUAGCACCCUGGAUAUCAGAACUGCUGGAAAACUAUCGAGUUUUGAUCUAUAACGGUCAAUUGGAUAUUAUAGUUGCGUAUCCAUUGACUCUGAAUUACCUACAGAAAUUGGAUUUCAGUGGGGCUAAAGAAUACAAGACAGCUAUUAGAAAUAAGUGGUAUUCUGCAGGAGAUCUGGCUGGUUAUGUUAAACAGGCCGGAAAUCUGACAGAAGUUCUAGUAAGGAAUGCUGGACAUACAGCACCAUCUGAUCAACCGGAAUGGAUGCUCGAUUUGAUAUCCAGCUUCAUAAGAAAUAUCCCUCUAUCUAGGAAGUGAUUCUUUCAGAUUUAGAAUUCUUCUAUGUAAUAAUUGUACUCUGUUUUUCAGACAAUUCAAAUAUCAUUUGAUAUCUAGAUUAAUGAAAACUAAUUUUUUCUGAUUUUGAUCUAUGUUGAGUAUAUUGUAUGAAGUUUUUCAGGCAAGUGAAGAAUAAUUUAUGUACUCCAAAAAUAUAGAAUUG